AUGUAUGAUCAAUCAUAUACCAUAGUUGACAAUCAACUAAAAAACAACCAUUACCAGAACGACAUACAUUACACGCUGCAGAUGUGUCAAUGGCUGUUGAAGCUGAUUGGAAUGUGGCCUCUCAUUAACAAUCACACAAGCAGACUGGAACAGCUCCUCUCAGUCGUCGUGAUGAUCAUAUGCUUCUGCAGCAUAUUCUUCAUCAUCUUGCCAUCUGGCCAUCACUUCUUCUUCGUAGAAAAAAAUCUUUACAUGAAGGUGAAAAUGCUCGGUCCAGUUGGCUUCUGUGUAUUUGCCACAGUUAAGUACAGUUACCUUGCCCUAAAAGGAGCCUUCCUGCAAAGGUGCAUCCGACAGCUCAAAAAUGACUGGAAGAGAGUGCAGGAUCCGAAUCAUCGGGCGAUCAUGUUAAAAUACGCGGGCAUUAGCAGAAAGCUUAUUACCGUGUGCGCCGUUUUUAUAUAUACAGGUGGAAUGUCCUAUCACACGGUAGCGCAAUUCUUAUCCACUGAUAAGACUAGAGAGAAUUACACAGUUAGACCAUUGACUUAUAUCGGUUACGAUCCGUUUUUUGAUACGCAGUCUAGUCCUACCUAUGAAAUCGUGUUCUUUCUCCAUUGUUUCGCCGCUAUGGUUAUGUAUAGCAUCACCACGGUUGCGUAUGGUUUGGCUGCAGUGUUUGUUACUCAUGUUUGUGGACAGAUUCAAAUACAGAUUGUAAGGUUGCAGCAUUUGGUGGAGAGCAAGGAUCGUGACCUUUUCGCUGUUAUUGUGCGUGAUCACGUAGAAACUUUAAGAUUUUCGAAAAACAUCGAAGAUGCUUUGUACCAGAUUUUCUUGACAGAGAUCGUAGAGUGCACGAUGAAUAUGUGUAUGCUCGAAUAUUACUGCUUGAUGGAAUGGGAAAGCACUGAUCUAAUCGUUACAUUCACUUAUAUUACUCUGUUGACUUCCUUUACAUUUAAUAUAUUUAUAUUUUGCUACAUAGGUGAACUACUUUCUGAGCAGUGUAGCGAAAUUGGUACAGUUUCUUAUGAAAUCGACUGGUAUAACUUGCCAGCUAAAGAAGCUUACGAUCUCAUUCUACUGAUCUCUAUAUCUCAGUAUCCACCAAAAUUAACUGCCGGAAAAAUAAUUGAAUUAUCUCUGAACACUUUUAGCUCCGUGGCAAAAACGUCAUUAGUUUAUUUGAAUUUGCUUCAAACAGUUGCAGAUUGUAUUAAAAUCAUCGUUCUCGAUCCGCCCGCGAAUAUGCAUCUUUCCGUUCGACAACCACGGAAUCCAAACUACGAGGAAGACAUCGUUUACGUGACGAAACACAACAAAUGGAUUCUGAGUACCAUUGGCAUGUGGCCCACUGUAGUAAAAGGCAUCGGAAAAUUUGUACCAAAAAUUAUAAUAGGUCUCAGUAAUUUCGUAUCGUCUUUGAACGUACUGCAAUUUGUACUACACAUUAUACUGGAAGAAAAAAACCCUACAUUAAAAGUGAGAUUCCUAGGCUUGAUUUGUUUUGCUUCAACCAAUCUGAUGAAGUAUUGGGCUCUGAUAGCGCGCAAAUCGAACAUCAAAUACUGUAUCGAACAGGUGCAGAUAGAUUGGAAGCAAGUAGAUUUCCAAAGAAAUCGUAUGCUGAUGCUAAAAUACGGAAAAAUCGGUCGAGAUCUCACCAUAUACAGUGCCGUGUUUAUGUAUGGCUCUGAAAUGUUGUACAUUACAAUCAUGCAAUAUGCAUUGGGAACAAUGCUGAAGGAAAAUAAUCGUACAACCAGAGUGCUAGUGUACCCUACCUAUAGUGGAUUGCUCGACGUCCAAAUAACUCCUAUCUACGAAAUCGUGUACGUUCUUCAAUGCAUGUGCACACUUUUGUUCAACUCUGUGACAGUUUCGUGUUGUGGACUGGCUGCGUUUUUUGCAACACACGCCUGUGGACAGAUUGAUAUCGUUAUGUCUCAAUUAGAUGAUCUGGUCGAUGGAAAAUUCGCCAAGAAAAAUUCUAAUCCGGACACUCGACUGACGGAAAUCGUAAAACAUCAUAUAAAAAUUUUAAAAUUUUCUACUAUGAUUGAGAGGGUUCUGCAGGAAGUGUGCUUUUUCGAAUUCGUUGGUACCACGUUGGUAGUAUGCUUCCUCGAAUAUUAUUGUCUAACGGAUUGGCAAAGCAAUAAUAAAAUUGGUGUGGCAACAUACUCGACGCUACUGAUAUCCUUGACGUUCAAUAUGUUCUUGUUAUGCUACAUUGGUAAUCUUCUACUAGAAAAGAGUUCUGACAUUGGAAUAUCUUGCUAUCUGAUUGACUGGUACCGCUUACCACCUAAAACAAUUCAAGAUCUUAUGUUGGUCAUCGCUAUGUCGAACACUCCAGUGAAAAUUAGCGCCGGCAGAAUGUUUCUUUUAUCCUUGCCUACUUUCGGAAAUAUUCUAAAGACAUCAUUCGCGUACUUAAAUUUUGUUCGGAAUGCCACUAUGUAAUAAUUUAAUAAUUAUCCCGUUAUUUUCGUAUAUUCACUUAUGGAAUAGCAAAUAAAAAAAUAUAUUAUAAAAAUGUUUGUUGCUACUUAAAUGUACAUUAUACAGUAUACAUUAUUAUUAACUUCG